AUGAAAGGAAAUAAAGGAAGAAUAAAAUUAAAAAUACAACUAGGGAAUGAAAAUAGCAAUACUGAAAGUAGUUUAGUAAGAAAUAAGAGUUCAGUUUACAGUGAUUCAAAUCAAAGUAAAGAAAAUUUUAAAGGCGAUGAUAAUAAUAGUAACGCAUCCGAUAAAAAACUUAAAGACAAAAAUUUAGAAAAAAAGAUAGUUUCAGUUAUAUCUAAGUUAACCAAAAUAGCUUGUAUAUGUGAAAAUAAAAAAACUACUAAUUUGAACAAUAUUGAAAAUAAUAGCGAGCAUAUAAAACUUUGUAAAAAAUUAAUAAAGCAAAUGUACAAAUAUGAAAAAUGUUUAAUUAAUAUAAAUAAUUAUAUAAAUGAUAAAAAUAAUAAUCUUGAUGAAGUUACAUUUCCCACUGGCUUAGUCAAAGCAGUUGAUAAUUACAUGAGUGCCGAUGUAUGGAUGUAUAAAUAUUUAUUAGUUGAAUGCAAGAAAUAUAACGACAAAUACAGAAAUAUAAUACAAAAUAUUUCUACAUUUAACGCAACAUUGAAACAUAAAAUUCUUAACGAAGAUUCUAACCAAAUUGUUAUGCCUAUUUACUCCCCUGUUUCCGACGAUAAAUUGUCAUUUUUAGAUGAAUCACAUAGAAAUUAUUAUAAAAACGUACACAUACCUAAAGAGCUUGCUCAAAAUUAUAUCGAACUAGCGACUAAAGAAAAGGAGCCCCAUGAGGGUGAAGCAUCAAAUGAACAAGAAAAACAGCAACUAACAAGUGAAUAG